UCGGGGGAAGCCGAAACCUGCGCCCCUCGGGUCUCUGCCGCCCGCCAGCGCCGUCCCUGCCAACCCCGCCACUGCAGGGCCCGGGCCAGUUGGGAGCAGGGGCCGGGCCGCGGGCGGAGCCUCCCGGUCCGCGCACUCGCCCUCGGCCAACUGGCGGUCUUGCAGGCGGGCGGACCCUCGGCCGCGCUCGGGGCUCCGGCGCCGCCGCUCCUCCUGCUCCGCCCGAGCUGCCCGGGCUCGGCGCGCGCUUCGGGGCGAGGCCCGGCGGGCGCGGACGCGCAGCAUGGUGGCGGAGGACGAGGGGCUCCGGGUCUUCCAGAGCGUGAAGAUCAAGAUCGGUGAAGCCAAAAACCUUCCCUCUUACCCGGGGCCAAGCAAGAUGAAGGAUUGCUACUGCACGGUGAACCUGGACCAGGAGGAGGUUUUCAGGACCAAAAUUGUGGAAAAGUCACUCUGCCCCUUUUACGGAGAAGACUUUUACUGUGAAAUUCCUCGGAGCUUUCAUCACCUGUCCUUCUACAUUUUCGAUAGAGACGUUUUCCGGAGGGAUUCCAUCAUAGGGAAGGUGGCCAUCCAGAAGGAGGACUUGCAGAAGUACCACAACAGGGACACCUGGUUCCAGCUGCAGCACGUGGAUGCCGACUCGGAAGUGCAGGGCAAAGUGCACCUGGAGCUGCAGCUGAGCGAGGUCAUCACAGACACUGGGGUCGUCUGCCACAAGCUCGCCACACGCAUCGUCGAGUGCCAGGGUCUCCCCAUCAUGAAUGGACAGUGUGACCCCUACGCCACCGUGAUGCUGGCAGGACCCUUCAGGCAGGAAGCAAAGAAGAUGAAAGUGAAGAGGAAGACCAACAACCCCCAGUUCGAUGAAGUGUUUUAUUUUGAGGUGACCCGGCCCUGUAGCUACAGCAAGAAGUCCCACUUUGACUUUGAGGAGGAAGAUGUGGACAAGCUCGAAAUCAGAGUCGACCUUUGGAAUGCCAGUAACCUGAAGUUUGGAGAUGAAUUCCUGGGAGAACUAAAGAUCCCGUUGAAAGUCCUGCGGCAGUCCAGCUCCUACGAGGCGUGGUACUUCCUCCAGCCCCGGGACAAUGGUAGCAAGAGCCUAAAGCCAGACGACCUGGGCUCCCUGUGGCUGAACGUGAUAUACACGGAAGACCAUGUGUUUUCUUCUGACUGUUACAGCCGUCUGCGGGACCUGCUGUUGAAGUCUGCGGACGUGGAGCCCGUGUCAGCAUCUGCGGCCCACAUCCUGGGUGAGGUUUGCUGGGAGAAGCAGGAGGCGGCCGUCCCGCUGGUGCGGCUCUUCCUACACUAUGGCAGGGUGGUGCCCUUCAUCAGUGCCAUCGCCAGCGCGGACGUGAAGAGGACCCAGGACCCCAACACCAUCUUCUGAGGAAACUCACUGGCGUCCAAGUGCAUUGACGAGACCAUGAAGCUGGCGGGAAUGCAUUACCUGCACGUCACCCUGAAGCCGGCCAUCGAGGAGAUAUGCCAGAGCCACAAACCCUGUGAAAUUGAUCCUGUGAAGUUGAAAGACAGAGAAAACCUUGAAAACAACAUGGAGAACCUACGGCAGUACGUGGACCGCGUCUUCCGCGCCAUCACUGAGUCUGGGGUGAGCUGCCCGACCGUCAUGUGUGACAUCUUCUUCUCGCUCCGGGAGGCAGCGGCCAAGCGCUUCCAGGAUGACCCGGACGUCAGGUACACUGCAGUGAGCAGCUUCAUCUUCCUGAGGUUCUUUGCGCCCGCCAUUCUCUCCCCCAACCUCUUCCAGCUCACGCCGCACCACACAGACCCCCAGACGUCCAGGACGCUGACGUUGAUCUCCAAGACCGUUCAGACCCUCGGCAGCCUCUCCAAGUCCAAAUCUCUGCUGAGAACUGGAGAGGAGGGAGAGCACAGGGGUGACAGCACAAAACAGGACCAUUAUUCUUGGUCCACGUCCCUGGCAGAAGGAUCCAUGAAUAGAAGUCCAAAGUGCAAAAGAAAACCCCUGGGAAGAAAGGAGGAGGGGCAGGAGAGCCUUCCACUCAUCCAAACAGGCCACUGGCAUUCAAAGGGAGGCAGGAGGACAAAAUCCCUGCCUGCGGAUGCUUCCAAAAUGUUUAAGACAAAAUACCAGGACAUUAAAAGUUGGAGGAGGGGUGGUCUUGGCAUCUUCCCUCAACUCCUACAAGAAUAAGAGCUUGCAUUUCCUGAGUGAUCACUGUGUGCUGGCCCACAUUAAUCAUUUUUUUAAUUUUUUAAAAGUUGUAUAUAUUUAGGGGAUAUAAGUGCAGAUUUCUUACCUGCAUACCUUUCAUUAUGAUGAGGUCUAGGUUUUUAGUGUAUCCAUCACCCAAACAGCCAACAUUGUACCCAAGAGGUAAUUUUUCAACCCUCACUCCCCUCCUACCUUCCCACCUUUUGUAGUCUCCAGUGUCUGUUAUUUUACUCUGUAUGUCUGUGUGUACCCAUUGUUUAGCUCCCACUUAUCAAUGAGCACACGCAGUAUUCGACCUCCUGUUUCUGAGUUAUUUCACAUAGGAUAAUGGCCUUCAGUUCUAUCCAUGUUGCUGCAAAAGACAUGGUUUCAUUUUUAUAUGCAUUAAUUAUCUCAAGGCCAUAAGGUUGGAGCUGUUAUUAACCCCAUCUUCACAAUGAGCCUGGUGAUGCUCACAAUUUUCCCAAGGCCACUCGGUUAAUAAGUGGAAGAGGUAGAGUUCAAAUCCGUUUCUCUGACUGCACAGGCCAGACUCCUGGACCUCUGCACCAUCCUGGUCUUUGACACCACGAUAGAGUAAAAGAGGAGAUGUUUCAGAGCCUACCAUAGACUCAUCUGUCUUCAAGAUUACCCAUGGGAUGAGGCUGUUAAUGGACACAGUCUCCCAUUGAAGAGCUCCUGAACUUUGUGAAGACAGCUGAGUGUUUACAAGUAAGAAUGAUGCAACAACAACAAUAAUAAAUUGAGUCAUCGUGUUGUGUUAGGUACUGUGCUAACUGUCUAGAUUAUCUCACUUAAUGCACUGAUGUAAGAAUUAUUGUCCCCAUUUCACAGAUGAGAAAAUAGAAGCUCAGAAAAGGUAAGUCACAUGGCCAGGAUCUCACAGUCAAGGAGUAGCAGAGCUAGAAUUCAAACCCAGGUCUGAGACCAAAGAGCAGGCUCUUUGUUUAUUGUUCUGAGGUGCCUCCUUAAGUGGGCAGCUUGGUCACUCAUUGCUUCAUUCACCCUUCAGAUAUAAACUACUACUCACUGUGUUUAGAAAAUUCUUUAAUUUCUAAAAUUGAGGUGGGGGACUAGAAAGAAACCCAUUGUAUUUUUGUUUGACUGAGGGACACAAACCUUUUAUUUGUAAAAAAUGUAAUAACUGCAAAGUACAAUAAAGCUAUGUGCAAUAAAAUGA